AUGGAUCCUCAAGUAUUGGGUCGGGACGUUGGCACUGGGGUUCUUGGUUGGAGCGUGGUACGGACAAUGGCUCCCGCGGCUAUGCCAAAGAGUGGUGAGAGGCGUAAGCUGCUGGCUCCGCUCCUGGGUGAAUUGGGGCACCAGUUGGUGGAGCAAGGGCAGGAAACACAAACCACAUGGGAAAAGGGAGGAGGCAAGCCCUUCGGAGGCAAAGUUCAACAUGGUGAUCUGGGCAGAAAACAACAUAUCGCUACGGCGGCAAUGGUGGAAGGCCAAAUCACCCGAGGAGAUUGGAAGCCCGGAAUUCACCUCUCCGGCAAAGGAGGAUGGCAACCUUGGUCACUCAGGGGAGGCGACACGGGGGUCCGAUCGACGCAGGUCUAUCAGCCCGAAAUCGUCGGCGGCCAGAAGACGGGCAAAGGAGGCAGCGGAACCAAGAGAGUGCCAGAGCCCAGUGAGCAAAACGGGAAAGGCAGGGUUCCCAAAGAACACGCCGGUGGUGUCAAAGAUGCUAGAGGAAGCCAGCCCAAUAGUAACAAAGCGAAGAAGCUGAAUUGGGACGGCAUCGCUAGAGCGGUGGCCUCUAAGGACUGGAGGAGGAAGGCUGUCUCGAACCUUAGGGGCAAGAUGUUCGCAAAGUCCACCUUAGCGAGCAAAACGUCCAAGCGAAGGAGACUAUGUGAAAUACUCACCAAGGUGAAGGGGGAUGGCCAAUUCUUCCCCUUGGAGACGGAGGAACUUGAGCUGGUGGGGGCGAUCCUCAGUGAAUGCAACCUCAAGACUGGAGAGCAAUACAUCAAUGAGGUAAAGCUCAUGCAGUUGGAGGCUGGUUGGGCUUGGGAUGAAGUUUUGGAAAGACAGCUGGCUAUGAUAAAGAGGGCCUUGAGAAGGGAUGUAGGCCCAGACAGGAGAGCCAUUGAGGUAAAGCCCGAGGAGAUCACUGUGGAAGACCCGAGUGUUGUGGCGAAGAUUGGAAAGAACGCUCCAGCUUUCCCAAAAAUGGCAUACGUCUUUGCGGCCGUCUGGAUGCUGAGGAGCGGAGAGGUGGUCGCACUGGACAACGCCAAUCUGGACCUUGAUCUGGACAACAAGAAAGUGUCGUUGUCGGUUCAGAAGUCCAAGAUGGAUCAGGGUAGAAAAGGCAUCAAACGGACCCUGGUGUGCUGUGGAGUCAAACCAUGUAGGUCAACUUGCCCUUGGAGAAUUUCGGUGAAGGUGAAGACCUAUAUGGCUGGCGAAGGAGACCGAGAACCUCUGAUUGCUGAUGGCAGUGGAGACAGAGUUUCCCGUUACCAACUUGUCAAAGCAUGGGCAGCCAACAUCGACCAUGGAAUGUCGGGCCACUCUGCGAGAAGAUCAGGUGCCAUGUUCUACACGAGGGAGAAAUGGAGCUUGGCAGACCUGAUGUUCCUGGGGAGAUGGAAGAGCGCGGCAGUGUUCCGUUAUAUGGAAGAGGCUAUGGCUGAACUCCCAAUCAACGACCCUGCGAGGCGCGAGACAAAGCUCGUCUGCGAACCGCGAUUGAAGGUCCACGUGGAGGAAGCCGUUGUGAAAAAAGGCAGAGAUGCCCUGCGGGCGUUGCAGGCACGCGAGGCUGCCAGAGAAGAGAUGCGCAAGGCAAUUGCCAGCAAGGAACCAGCAAGGCUGAAGGCAGCAAUUGCAGCAGCAGAGAAGGUUGGUCUCCAUGACCAGGCACCUGGAAUGCUUGGAGCAGACCCCAAGGAACAGGACGAGGUGGAAGAAGCCCGGCAAGAGCUUCGAGUUCAUGCGAUGGCGAGGCUUGCAAAGUUGGCGGAUUCUGAAGAUGUGGAGAACUUUGCCAAAGGUUUGGAGGAGCUCGCAGAUCAUGGUGUUCCCAAGCAAGAAUGGCAUCACUUCAAGAAGAGGCAUUCACAGCUCAAAAUCCGCCAGCAAUGCCAGACAAAGCUUGCCUUGGCAACGAAGGCCAGAAAUAAAGAGCAAAUUGCCGCAGCGAUGCAAGAAGCACAGGAAUGUCGCGUCGAAGAUGAUUGCGUAGUGAUGGAAAUCGCUAGACAGACGAUGUCUGUCCUGGAGGCUGAAGAAACUAUGGCAAAGACGAGAGCGGAAGUAGCAGAGGAGCUGUCGGAAGCAGUGCAGGGAGAGGAUCAGCGACGUAUGCUGGCAGCAAUCACGGCUGCAGAUGCGGCAGGCUUCACAUGUUCUGAGGUGGCAUUCGCCAGAGAGCGCCUCAGACGUUUGAGGGCCCGAGUUGGUGCAGGGCAGGAGCUCCAAGAAGCUGCACAUUCAGCAGACAUGUACAGGCUUCGUGCGGCACUCACGACUGCCAAAAGAGCAGAGGUCUCCGAGGCUGAGAUUGCAAGUGGUCGCGAAGCGUUGCGAUGCUUGGAGUUGCAGGCAGAUGUGAGAAGAAGUAUCGAGGCAGCCGUUUUGGCGAAAGAUGCGGAGCUUCUCAGGCGAUGUAUUGACGAGGGCAAGAAGUCUGGCAUGAACCGUCAGGAGGUGGCAAAAGCUCAGAAGCAGUUGCACAAGCUCCACCAGUCAUCAGUGGGUCGUGAGCUCUCGGAGGCCUUGAAGACUGGAGAGACCGUGCGGCUCCGAGCCAGAGAUGCAACAUCCCCAAUCUCGCUGGGCUUUGCGACCGCGUUUCCUACUUCUCCUGCCAAGCAGGCGUUUGGGACGCACUGGACCAACAGCUGA